AACCUCCACCAAAUUUUGGAAAGAAGAAAGAAGUUAUUGAUGUAUUAACCACAAAAUUCUAAAAUUUGUUUAAACUGAAAGUGGAGGAAAGUAUAUUAAUAACAGGGUUUAAAAAAUAAAUAUUACUCUCUAUCUAAUUAAAUCAGAAUGAAUAACAUUAAAUCACCCUUAAUCUUUGAAAUAAUUGGAAAAUGUGAAACAUCAAAGGCCAGAGUAGGAAGAAUGACUUUACCUCAUGGUCCCGUUGAUACCCCUGUAUUUAUGCCAGUUGGGACUCAAGGAACAUUAAAGGGGAUGUUACCAGAGCAAUUGAAAGCGAUGAAUUUGCAAAUAAUGUUAGCCAAUACUUACCAUCUUGGUACGAGACCAGGGCCCAAGGUUUUAAAAAAAGCUGGCGGUCUGCAUAAAUUUAUGAAUUGGGAUGGAAAUCUAUUGACAGAUUCAGGUGGUUUUCAAAUGGUUUCUCUUUUAAAAUUAGCAGAAAUAACAGAGGAAGGUGUUAAGUUUCAAUCGUUAAAUGAACAUAAAAAUGAAGUUAUGUUAACCCCUGAACAUUCCAUCGAGAUACAAAAUGCAAUUGGGGCUGAUAUAAUUAUGCAGUUAGAUGAUGUAGUAAGCACUACAGUUCCAGAUAAGGCUCGAAUAGAAGAAUCUGUUCAUAGAACAACAAGGUGGUUAGAUAGAUGUCUUCAGGCACACCAGAAUCCAGAUAUCCAAAGUAUAUUUCCAAUAGUACAGGGUACAUUAUUCGAAGAUUUAAGAAGAAUUAGUGCUAGUGAACAUAUAAAAAGGGAUGUAAAUGGUUUUGCUAUAGGAGGACUGAGUGGAGGAGAAAGUAAAGAUGACUUUUGGAAAAUAGUCAAUUUAUGUACAGAUUUAUUACCCAAGAAUAAACCAGUUUAUCUAAUGGGUGUAGGUUUUGCUGUAGAUUUAGUUAUAUGUUCAGCAUUAGGUGUUGACAUGUUUGAUUGUGUUUUUCCAACAAGAACAGCAAGAUUUGGUUGUGCUCUUUUAAUGAAUGGCCAAAUUAAUUUAAGAAAGAAGCAGUAUGCUUUGGAUUUUAAUCCAAUUGAUAGUGAUUGUACAUGUAGCACAUGUAAAAACUAUACAAGAGCCUAUUUGCAUGGAAUAGUUACUGAACUACCUGUAGCAUGUCAUUUACUUACUGAACACAAUUUAGCAUUCCAAUUAAGGUUAAUGAAAACAAUACGUGAAAAUAUUCUUAAUGGAACAUUUAAAGAAUUUGUCAAAAAAUUUAUGGAAGAUUUAUACCCUAAAAAGGAUUAUCCAAGUUGGAUAACCGAUUCUUUAAUAGCAGUUAACAUCACUCUCUAAGUUAUAAAAUUAAGCACUAAGUACAAAUACCCCACAGUUACUAUUCCAGUAUUUCAUUAUACCAAACUAUUUAUUUUUACCAGUUUUUUAAAUAAACGUUUUUAAAAAAAUCAUGGCAUUUUUA